CUGUCCCGGUGCGACUCAGACCUGUUCACUUUGUUGAAGCUGAACUCCAUUAGUGUUGCUGUUGUAGUGACGGCGUGCAGCUCCCCAGCAGGGGGCGCACUACUAUGGCUCAAUGUGAGGACACAGAGGAGGGAGUCCCUCCCUCUGCAACCUCUCUAUGUGGAGAAGAUGAAGCUCUGAGGAUGAAGAAGCAGAGACCAGACUCUCCUGGACCCAGCUGUGUGUCCAUGAAGAGUGACCGGUCCAAAGGCCUUGGUGUUAACUUUAAAGUUGGACAUUCUGCUGACAGAAGAGAUCAACUGAAGAGCUCAGAGGUUCAUAGCGAUCAGUCGGCCCAGCAGAAUCCAGCAGACCUGGACUCCACAUUUAUGAAUGAGCUGAACAGAAUGCAGAGAGUUCUGAGUCCAGAUUACCCAGAAUGCUUUGAGAGUCAAAGUAAAGAUGAAGAUGAGAUGGGAAGCUACAAAGAGGCAUUUCUAAAGAAAACUCCCCAUUUCCUGAGAGGAAUGAAGCAGGAGGAGCUGGCUGACUGUCUGCAGAGCAUGGCUGCUGCUUCAGUGUGCCAACAGAAACUGAAGUCUAACCUAAAGGAUAGGCUCCAGUGUGUGUUUGAGGGGAUCGCUAAAGCAGGAAACCCAACCCCUCUGAAUCAGAUCUACACAGAGCUCUACAUCACAGAGGAAGGGACUGGAGAGGUCAGUGAGGAACACGAGGUCAGACAGAUCGAAACAACAUCAAGGAAAGCAGACAGAGCAGAAACUACCAUCAGACAGGAAGACAUCUUUAAAGGCCCACCUGGAAGAGAUGAACCGAUCAGAACAGUGAUGACGAAGGGCGUGGCUGGCAUUGGGAAAACAGUCUUAACACAGAAGUUCACUCUGGACUGGGCUGAAGGCAAAGCCAACCAGGACAUCCAGUUCACAUUUCUUUUCACUUUCAGAGAGCUGAAUGUGCUGAAAGAGAAAAAGUUGAGCUUGGUUGAACUUGUUCGUGACUUCUUUAUUGAAACCAAGGAAGCAGGACUCUGCAGGUUUGAAGAGUUCCAGGUGGUCUUCAUCUUUGACGGUCUGGAUGAGUGCCGACUUCCUCUGGACUUCCACAACAAUGAGAUCCUGACUGAUGUUAGUCAGUCCACCUCAGUGGAUGUGCUGCUGACAAACCUCAUCAGGGGGAAACUGCUUCCCUCUGCUCGCCUCUGGAUAACGACACGACCUGCAGCAGCCAAUCAGAUCCCUCCUGGGUGUGUUGACAUGGUGACAGAGGUCAGAGGGUUCACCGACACUCAGAAGGAGGAGUACUUCAGAAAGAGAUUCAGAGAUGAGGAACAGGCCAGCAGAAUCAUCUCCCACAUCAAGACAUCCCAAAGCCUCCACAUCAUGUGCCACAUCCCAGUCUUCUGCUGGAUCACUUCUACGGUCCUGGAGGAUCUGCUGAAGACCAGAGAGGGAGGAGAGCUGCCCAAGACCCUGACUGAGAUGUACAUCCACUUCCUGGUGGUUCAGACCAAAGUGAAGAGCAUCAAGUAUGAUGGAGGAUCCGAAAUUGAUUCACAGUGGAGUCCAGAGAGCAGGGAGGUGAUUGAGUCCCUGGGAAAACUGGCUUUUGAGCAGCUGCAGAAAGGAAACCUGAUCUUCUAUGAAGCAGACCUGACAGAGUGUGGCAUCGAUAUCAGAGCAGCCUCAGUGUACUCAGGAGUGUUCACACAGAUCUUCAGAGAGGAGAGAGGACUGUACCAGGACCAGGUGUUCUGCUUCAUCCAUCUGAGUGUUCAGGAGUUUCUGGCUGCUCUUCAUGUCCAUCAGACUUUCUUCAACUCUGGAGUUAAUCUGAUAGAAGAGGAACAAACAACAUCUCAAGUGUCUAAAACAUUUAAGGAGAGUGACAAUCUUCUCCUCCUCCAGAGUGCAGUAGACCAGGCUUUAGAGAGUCCAAACGGACACCUGGACUUGCUCCUGCGUUUUCUUCUUGGUCUCUCUCUAGAAACCAAUCAAAAACACUUAAGAAGUCUUCUGACUCAGAAAACAAGUGGCUCACCGACAAAUCAUAAAGCAGUCCAAUACAUAAAGAAGAAGAUAAAUGAGGAUCUGUCUGCAGAGAAAAGCAUCAACCUGUUCCACUGUCUGAAUGAACUGAAUGAUGGUGCUCUAGUGGAGGAGAUCCAACAGUCCCUGAGAUCAGGACAUCUCUCCACAGAUAAACUAUCUCCUGCUCAGUGGUCAGCUCUGGUCUUCUUCUUACUGUCAUCAGAAGAAGAUCUGGACAUGUUUGACCUGAAGAAAUACUCUGCUUCAGAGGAGGCUCUUCUGAGGCUGCUGCCAGUGGUCAAAGCCUCCAACAAAGCUCUGUUGAGUGGCUGUAACCUGUCAGAGAGAAGCUGUGAAGCUCUGUCCUCAGUCCUCAGCUCCCAGUCCUCUAGUCUGAGAGACCUGGACCUGAGUAACAACAACCUGCAGGAUUCAGGAAUUGAUCUUCUUAUUAGUGGACUGAGGAGCCCACACAAUAAAUUGGAAACUCUUAGGUUGAGUCUCUGUAACCUGUCAGAGAGAAGCUGUGAAGCUCUGUCCUCAGUCCUCAGCUCCCAGUCCUCUAGUCUGAGAGACCUGGACCUGAGUAACAACAACCUGCAUGAUCCAGGAUUGAAGCUUCUGUCUGAUGGACUUAAGAGUUCAGACUGUAGACUGGAAACUCUCAGUCUGUCAGGCUGUCUGAUCUCAGAAGAAGGUUGUGCGCCUCUGGCCUCAGCUCUGAGCUCCUCCUCCCACCUGACAGAUCUGGACCUGAGCUACAAUCAUCCAGGAGAACGAGGAGAGAAUCUUCUGUCUUCUCGACUGAAGGAUCCAGACUGCAGACUGGAGACACUGAGGUUGGACCAUGGUGGACUGCACAGGCUGACGCCUGGUCUGAGGAAGUACGCCUGUGAGCUGGAAGUGGACACAAACACAGUGAGCAAAUACCUCAAACUGUCUGACAACAACAGGAAGGUGACAAAUGUGUGGGAGGAUCAAUCAUAUCCUGAUCAUCCAGACAGAUUUGACUGGUCUCAGCUGCUGUGUCGAACUGGUCUGACUGGUCGCUGUUACUGGGAGGUCGAGUGGAAAGGAUCUGUUUAUGUAUCAGUGAGUUACAGAGGAUUCAGAAAGAAAGGAGACAUUAAUGAAUGUGUGUUUGGAUAUAAUGAUCAGUCCUGGAGUCUGAUCUGCUCUGAUGAUGGUUACUCUGUCCGUUACAAUGACAGAGUAACAGACAUCUCCUCUUCAUCAGGCUCUGGUAGAGUAGCAGUGUAUGUGGACUGUCCUGCUGGCUCUCUGUCCUUCUACAGAGUCUCCUCUGACACACUGAUCCACCUCCACACCUUCAACACCACAUUCAGUGAACCUCUUUAUCCUGGGUUUAGGCUCUGGUAUCCUGAUUCUUCAGUGUCUCUGUGUGGUGUGUCAGUCUGAGCAGUGGCGUGCACAGACUUUUUCAAGGGCAGGGGCGAAAAGAAAAAAAAGGGCAUGUACAGCGCGUUCUCGCCACAGAAGAGUUCACUAAGUUUCGCGUGUUUUCAAGGGCAUGUUUAUAUGUUAUACAAAUGUUUGUAGUUAGGAUCAGCAUCCACAAGAAGUGUGUAGAUUCAAUGUUGGACUGUGAAGAACACACAGAAAUAAAUAAAUAAAUCCCUAGGGGG